AUCUAAGUUAGUGAAGAAUCUUGCAAAGCAAAAUAAAAGCAAUUUUUGAUAUCUUAACUUUAAUUAUUUUUAGAAUAUUUUUAAAGGUGCUUAAAUAUAUUUGGAGCAAAUUUUUUAUAUAAAAUAUUAAAGUACACUAAAAUGAAAUAAACUAAAAUAAAAUAAGUUUAAGGUUAGGCUUCAUUAAAAAGUUUUUUUAAACCUAAAAACGCAGAUGUUUAGGAUGAUAUUUAGACUGAAAAUAAAGAAAAUACAAUCUAUUAAUAGAAUUUAAAAAUAGAUAUCAAAGUGGAAGAUGAUGGAUUCUAUCAGCAAUAAAUUGAUAACAAUUUAAAUUCUGUAUAAAAUCCUAGUUUUGAAUAAAAUGAUGCUUAGGAAUACGAAAAUAGUUAUGAUAUUUUACAAAAAAGGGAGGAAUACAUCAAAAAAAAAUUAAGUCCUUUCAAAUACAGUAAAAAAAAAUCAUUCAAAUCAAAAGUUAAAGCUAAAAUAGGGUAAGAUGAUAGUUGUUCAUCUCCUCUCAAUAAAAAAAGAAUGAAAUAAUCAUCAAAAUGGAUUAGAAUGACACCAUCUUCUAAAAAAAAGAUCAAAGUUGAAGAAGAUGAUACGAUUGAAUAAGAACAAAAAUUAGCUUCUAUUUAUAAAUAAGAAAGACUUUCUUCAAUACAGUUUAGUCCUAAAGAAGAUUAAUCCAAGUAGAAUUAAAUGGAAGUGCAAGAUGAUGAAUAAGUAGCUAUGGUUUCUUAAUUUGAUAGCCGUUAAGAUGCUUUUUCAAAUAACAGUAAAAAAAGUGAAUGUAGUAAGGGAUCAAAAUCAGAGGGGAAGGCUAACAGAUAACUUUAAAUUAAUGAUUUUAGGUAGUUUAAUUCUACUUUAAAAAAUAAUUAAAGUAAAUUAUGCUAAAAAAAUUUAAGCGAAGCUGAUAUUUAAAAUAACAAUAAAAUGAUUGUUGAAUAUGAAGAAUGCAAUAGAACAAUGGAAUGUGAAACUAAUAUAAAUUAGAUUAUAAUUCAUAAUUAAAUUGAAGAAAAUAAUGAAAAAGGCUUUUAAAAAAAUAAUAAUUAGAUUGAAUAAAGUAAAUAAAACAGCAUAAAUAAAGAUAAUUAGAUUUUAACUAAUAAUUCAACUCAAUAAAGCAAGGAAAGUAAACUAAACCAUAAUAUUUAGAUUUUAAUAAAUAAUUCAAUAGAAGAUAACAAAUAAAUAAGUGCUUAAAAUGAAAAUAAAAAUUGCUAAAUUUAAGAAGAAUAGCAACCUAAAAUAAAUUAAAAGAAAAAAAUGAAGAAUUUAUUAUCUUUUUGUGUUCCUACUCAAGGUAAAAAUAGUGAUAAGGCAAAGUAAAAAGAAAAUAUUAUAAAUGGUGAUUAAGAAAAAGAUUAAUUUAAGGAAAGUAGACUCAUCUAAAAAAAUAAAGAUGAUCAACCAUAAGACAAAUAGGUUUAGUUAAAAAAUGUGCUACAAAAAUAGUCAGAAAAUAAAAUAAAAUCCCAGAAAGAAAGCACAAACUCAAAAUUAGUAUUUGGUAAACAAAAUAUAAAUAAAGAAGCUUAAAAAUAAGAUGAUAUACCUUAAGAAAGUGAUCAAUAAUUAUUAGAAGAAGAUAUUUAAAAUCUAAAUUAAUAACAAUAAGAAAAUGAAAAUGAAUUAAAAGAGUUAGAAGAAAAUAAAAAAAAUAUUGAUGCCUAAACAAAAGCAAACGAAAAAAAUGCAUAAAAUUUAUUUAAGAUAUUUAUUUCACAUAUGGAGUAAAAUGUCAAAGAUUUAAGUGAUAUUUAACAGAAGAACUUGAAUAAAAUAAAAAAAUUAAAGCCUGUAACUAAAAAUUGUUAUGAAAAUCAAAUUAAGCAAUAUUAACUAUCUGAAUAAUAUGAUAAUUUUAUUGUUUAAUAUGAAAAAAUCCAAGAAUUAAAAAACUAAUUUAGUGAUUACAUUGAAUUUAUGAAGAUUCCUAAAAAGAAAAAAAAUGAAAUUAAUAAGUAGAUCAAUUAGGUUUACAAAUAAUUUCCUACUAAUAGAGAGGAAUUCGAGAAAACUAUGAAAUAAAAUUUAGAUAUGUACUAUUCAAGAUUUUUAAAAUUUACAUCGUUUCCUGAGAAUGAACAAAACAAUAAAUAAAAAAGAGAAGAAAAAUAAGAAGUUUAAAAAAUGGAAAUGAAAGGAAAGGAUAAUUAUAGGGUGAUAAGUUAUAAAACAUAGUGGGAUUAAUAAAUAGAAAUUCGUCCUACAGAAGAAUAAUUAGAUGUUAUUGUUAGUGAUAUUAAGAAAGAUACAAAAAUUAUUGCGUGUGCCGGUAGUGGCAAGACAACAACUUUAGUUAUAAGACUGAAAUACUUAUUAGAUCAUGGGGUCAAACCAAAUUAAAUUAUUAUCAGUACUUUUAAUAUAGAAGCUGGUAAACAUAUAAGUUAGAAAGUGUAUGAAAUGAUUGGAAAGGAAGUUUAGCAAUCGAUCCUAAUUGGAAAUAUUGAUAAAAUAGCAUAUAAAUUUAUCAGAAGCGAGCUAGAAGCUAAGUAAAAGAAUUCUCAAUCAGUUUUAUUAUUUAGUUAAAGAGAAUAUUGUGAUAUUUGGUUAGCACAUAUCAAGAAAUAUAAGUUUUAAUACCUUUAAUACAAAUAUUUUUUCUUUGACGAAUUUUAAGACGUAUCUGAACUACAAUAUGAAAUACUCAUGGAAUUCAAAAAACUUAAUUGCAUUUUAACUGUCAUAGGUGAUGAUGCUUAAAAUAUUUACGGUUUCAGAGAUACAAAAAUUGAUAUUAUUUAAAAUAGAAUUAAUGAUGAUUUGAAGAAGAAAAAAAAGGACUUACUAGAGUUUAGAUUAACUGCAAAUUAUAGAAGUACACAUCUAAUAACAAAAUUUGCUAACAAAAUUAUAGAAAAAAAUGAAAAUUUGAUUAAAAAAACUAUGUAGAGUGCUUAGGAGAUACACGGAGAAACAGAAGAAGAAAAAAUGAAGAGUAAGUAUGAUAAAGAAGGAGACUAUCCUUACUUACAUAUUUUUGAUUCUGAGAAAUAAUAAAAUGAAUCUAUUAUCAAAAGAAUACUUUCGUUAGUUAAAAAUAAAGGAUUUCAAUUUAAAGAUAUUGCAAUUAUAGGUCCAAUGAAUGACUAGCUGAAAAAGUUUGAAGAAGUUGUUGAAAAGCACAAUUAAAAGAGUAUUUAGAGUGACCAAAUACCUUAUUAAGCUUUUAUCACUUUAAAAUUUGAAGAUUUUAAGUUAAUAGAGUUUAAUGCUGCUCCAUAAAAGUAAAACAAACUCACUAUUUCAACAAUUCAUAGGAGCAAGGGACUCGAGUGGGACAUAGUUUACUUUUUGGGUUGUAAUGAUGAUUAAUUUCCUAUGGCUUUCGUUUAAAAAAAUAAAAAUUAGGCUUGUACCAUUUUAGAAGAGUAAAGAAGAUUAUUUUAUGUUGGUGCUACAAGGGCAAUAAAGGAGCUAAACUUUUGUUGCAUUGUUAAAGAACCUGAAAAAAUGAAGGAAAAAGAUAAAAUGUAAGGAAAAUUUAAGGUUACCAGGUUUUUUGCAGAUAUUCCAAGAGAAUACUAUAGAGCAGAUAUCAUUUUAGACUUUUAAGACCACAUAAUAAAAGAUUAUAAAUGGAUAGAAUUUGAUGAAUCAUAAAAUGGGGAAGAGGAAUAAAAUUGUAUUAAGAUCAGAGAAGUUAUAUCUAAAAUGAAUAGCAAGCAACUUGAAGAUAUAAAUACUUUCACUUAAAAUAUAGUACAAGAAAAGGUAGUUAAAAGCCUUUAUAUGGAAAAGCAUGAAAUUUCUCAAUAAGUUAAAGACAAUUAAUUAUUUUCAGAAAUGGGUAUGUUUUUUGAUAGAUGUAUAGUAAGAAUGAUUGGAGAAAAGUACAAAGCUAAAAAUUCAUUCUAUAAUUAAGUUGCUGCUUAGGUCAUAUUACCUUAAAUAUAUGAAUUGCAUUUACCAGAGAAUUUGUUUAGACUUUUCUUGAGGUACAGCAAGUUUUUUACAACUUUUGACUCUGCUUAGUUAGAUGAUUAGAGAAAUGUCAUUGAAAGAUUCAAAAAUGAAGGUGAUAGAGAUAAGAGUGAGUAAGAUAUUUAAGAUAUGUAGGAACUUCACAAUAUUUUAUCAUACAAUGCAGAAAUUUAGUGUCUAAAAAAAAUACAUAUUUUUAAUUUUUAAAAGCACAGACCAAACAAAUAUUUUUAAGAUCAAUUUGAAAGACUUGGAUAGAGUUAUAUUAUAGCACUUAGUGAGUAUAUGAAUAAACAUAAAAAAAGUGAAGAUAUUUUUGAGAACAUUUAUAAAAUAUCAAAAUGUGGAUUUUUGUUUGAGAAUAGAAGAAAAUACCUGUACAACAACAACUUGACUGCUAUUUUAGAUUACGAGCUCCUUAAAAACAUUUAGAUUAACUUUAUUAACGGUUAUUUAUCUUAAUAUUAAAGUAUAGAAUGCAAGAAGAUUUACAAGACUAAGAAUAUUUAAGGUCUCAUUGAUUUAAUAGCAAAUUAAAAUCAUUUAAUUUUCUUUAAGUUUGAUAUAUUCGAAACAUACAAAAAAGAAGAUUUCUUAAAUUAUCUUUUUGCUGCUUCUUAUAUGUAUGUUACUGAUAAAAUUAAUAUAGAAUAAAUUAGUAUAUUUAAUUUUCUAUCUGGGACAAUUCAAUCAAUAGAUUUAAGAGGCUGGGAUUAACAACAGUCUUUUUUCAAUUAAAUUGAAUAAAUCGCAAAAGGCUAAAUACUACAGAAUGUUCAAAAUAACAUCUUGCAAAUAAUAGACUAAGAAGAAGAUAAGGUGUUAAAUAAAGAACAAAAAGAAGAAUUGAAAAAAAUAAUAUUUUAAAGUAAGACUCCAUAAGAGCUUUAAGAAAAUAUUGAAAAUAUAAAAUCAGGUUAAAAAUCAGUUAAUAAAGCUUAAAUGAUUGAUGAAGGGAAUAAAGGUGAAGAAUAAAUUGAGUAAUAAAGAGAUAAUAAAGAUAAUUAAAAUUAAUUAGAUAGAGGUAUGAUAGUUGAAGAAGAUUAUCAUUUAAAACCUUAAGAAUAAAAAGAUAAAAGUUAAUUAAUAGAUUAAAAUUUCAUUGAGCAUAAUAGAUAAGUAAUUGAUUCUUAUGAUCCUUUGAGGAAAAAAAUAUAGUUUGAGGAAUAGAAUCAUCCUGCUAUUUUAUUUAAUGAUAUAUAAAUCGAUGAAAAUAGUAAUUUUUUAAAUAAUGAAUUUGAUAAUAUAGAAAAUCAAAAGAAUUUUAGUUAAAUAAUCAACAAUAAUAAAAUAAAUGAAGAUCACUCAAAAAUGAUUACUGAAUAAUAAUAGGAUUUAUAAUUUAAAUAAGAAGAAGAAUAAGAUAAAAUAAAUCAAAUUUAAGUUACAAAUGUUUAAAAUUAAAAUAAUGAUAUUAAAAUAUAAAAUAUUUAAAAACAACAAUUUAAUUAGAAAAAAACAGAAUUUAAAAGUUCCAUAUAGUAUCAGAAAGAGCUAAGAUAAAAAGAGUUAAUAGAAAGUGAUAAAAGUGAGAAAGUUUUAAAUAAAAUCCAAAAUCUUUAACAAACAUACCUUAAUAUAUUGUAAGACACUUCAAGUGAAACAGUAAGAGAAAAAAAGUGCUCAUUUCUUACUAAAGAGAAUAGUAAAAAUUAAGUUUAAUUUUAACCUUAACAGAUUUAAGAGAGGAAAAAGUAAUUCUACUCUUCGAAUAAUAAUCUAAGCAAAUAAUUUAAUUAAAAAUCAUUUGAACAAAAUACUCUUGAGAACUAAAUUUUUGAGGAGAGCUAUUAAGCAGAACAAGAUUUUGAUUAUUAAAAAUAGCAGAAGAGUGGAAGCAUUCCUGAUUUAGAAGAAGAUGAUAUUUCUAAUAUUUAAUCCUAAGAAGAAGAUAAUAAUUAUAGUUAAAAUUAUAAUUUUUAAAAUCAGAUUAAAGAAAAUAAAAUUAUAUCUUCUAAUUUAUAUAAGAAAAAUGUAUUUAAAGGAUCUAAUAAAAGCCCAAAUAGCAAAUUAAAUUUAAAAUAAGAGAUAAAACUAAAACCAGGAAACAUAACUCCAACUUACAAAGUGAAUUAAAAAUAGUUUGAAAAAAAUAGCCUAAUAAAUUAUAAUUAGAAAUUCAACUCAUAGGAAGAAGAAGACAUAGAUUCAGAUUAAGAUGAUUCUGAUGUUUUAAGAAUUAUAUAAAGAUUAAAAAUUUAAGAAUAGGAAAAGAAAAAGCAUUGA